AUGAAAUUUGCAUCUUGGAAUAUUCGUGGUCUUAAUGACCCAAACAAAAGAUUUCUAGUUAAAGAUUUUGUUCUUCGUCAGUCAAUUGACGUCAUUGGUAUUCAAGAAUCUAAGCUUUGUAAACCAAAUGCUAGAAAGCUUCGUUCUAUGGGUGGUAAUCGUUUGUCACACUGGUCUAUCUUAGAUUCUACUGAAUCCAGAGGCGGAGUCAUGGUUGGUUGGUCAAAUUCUUUCAAUUUGAUUCGUUCAUAUGUGGGUAUCUUCUCCGUUUCUGUAUCUUUUCUUCAUAUAACCUCCAAUUGGCUCUUUACUUUCACUAAUGUAUAUGCUCCAAUUGAUAGAGAGGAUAAGGAGGAUAACUCUAAUAGCCUUUCUGUUGAUUGGGCCUUUUUGUACCCUGAUCAGAAUUCUAAUCUUUCUUCUCUGGAGGCAUCUUUUUCUGAAGAGGAAGUUAAACAUGCUGUUUUUAGCAUGAAUCCAAACAAGGCACCUGGUCCAGAUGGUUUUUCCCUACUUUUCUAUCAAUCUUUUUGGGACUUAAUUAAAUCAGAUUUGGUUGCUCUUAUUAACUUUUUUGGGGAUAAUCCUUCAUCUCUUCAUAGAGUGAAUAGAGUCCUCAUCACUCUCAUCCCAAAAUCUAAAGACAUUCCCACAGUUAAAGAUUUUAGGCCUAUCAGUUUGAUCAAUUGCAUUUUCAAAAUUUUUACUAAAGCUCUUGCAAUCAGAUUGGCACCUAUUAUGCAAGAUUUGAUUGCUCCCUCUCAGUCAGCAUUUCAAAAAGGCAGAUCUACUCUUGAUUCUAUUCUUAUUGCCAAUGAGAUGAUACACUUCUGCUCUAAGAGGAAAAAGGAAGUUGCUAUGGUUAAAAUUGACUUUGCGAAGGCUUUUGAUUCUAUAAGCUGGAAUUUUCUUAUCAAUUUGCUUAAAGCUAGAGGUUUUGGGGACAAGUGGUGCUCUUGGAUUUACUACAUUGUUUCAACUUCAAAUUGUUCAGUGCUUGUUAAUGGUUCUCCCUCAAAAUCUUUUACAUGCAAAAGAGGUCUUAAACAAGGAGACCCUCUCUCUCCCUUGCUGUUUAACUUAUCAGUAGAUGUUUUGAGUAGAAUGAUUAUGUAUAACGUGGAUGAAGGUUUGCUAUCCAGUCUUCAAAUCAGAGAACCCCUCAACCAUAUUAGGAUCUUGCAAUUUGCCGAUGAUACUUUGCUCUUUGUCAGAAGCACACUUAAAGACAUUAGCGCUUUGAAGGCUAUUUUAUACAUUUUUGAAGACAUUUCAGGUUUGGGCAUCAAUUAUUCAAAAUCAUCCCUCUUAUAUUUUGGUAAUAUUCAAAAUAGAGGCUUAUCUUUAUCAUCAGCCCUCAACUGCAGAUUUGAUAGUCUUCCUAUCAAAUACUUAGGUCUUCCUUUGAAAAGAGGUAAACUAUCAAAAUCUGAUUGGCAACCCUUGUUGAACAAUCUGCAUCAUAAACUUGCUUCUUGGAAGUGCAACUGUUUGUCCUAUGGAGGAAGAUUGGUUUUGCUAAACUCUGUUCUUACCUCAAUACCUCUAUACUUUAUGUCUUUUUACAAAUUACCAGGAUGGUUGAUCAAAGAAGUUGACAAAAUCAGAAGAAACUUCCUUUGGUCAGGUAAAUCAGUUUCUAAACCUUUCAAAUGCCUGGUCAAUUGGAAAAGGGUUUGCAUGAAUAAAUUAGAAGGAGGUUUGGGAGUGAAAGAUCUCAAAACUUUUAAUAUCUCUCUUCUUUCAAAAUGGCUAUGGAAAUGUCUUGAUAGAGAUUCUUAUAUUGGUGCAUUCCUUUACCAUCUAUAUGUCAGAAAAGGUUCUUCUUUGCAAUCUGUUGCUUCAAAAGCUUCUAACUCUCUAGUGUGGAAUGAUAUCAUUUCAAAUAAAUAUGUGUUCUUACAACUUCUAUCAUGGUCUCUUGGUUCUGGGGAUAAAAUCAGAUUUUGGGAGGAUAAAUGGAUUGGUAAGAAUUCCCUUUCCAGUUUAUAUCCAUCCUUAUACUCUCUAGCCUGGUCUAACAAUGUCUCUAUUCGUAGUCAAGGAAAUCUCCAAAACAACAAUUGGCAUUGGCACCCCCUCUUGAAGCGUAGCAUUACAUCAGUACCACAUUCUGUCAAACUGGAUUUCAUGAAUUGUAUUGGUAUGCACAAAAUUUCGAAUCAGGUGGAUAUUCCAUUAUGGUCCUUAACAUCGAAUGGCCUCUUCUCUGUUAAAUCCCUUUAUGACUUUUUAAUUUCCAGAGGCAUUAAAUCAUCCACAUAUAGUAUUGUUUGGAAUCCUCUCUUACCAAGCAAGAUUCAAAUCUUCACAUGGCUUUUAUCUAUGAAUCGUCUACAUACUAAAGACAAUCUCCUGAAAAAAGGUUGGCAAGGUGAUCCUUUGUGCGUUUUCUGUAAAUCUAAUCCUGAAACUGCAGAGCACAUUUUCUUUUCGUGCAAUUUUGCAUCUAAUGUAUGGAAACAUUUCAGUGAUUACCAUCUGCCUUUUACAUGGCCAUACUCUCUAGAGGAUCUUAUGCUAUAUAUUGCAUCUCUGGAUAAAAAGGAGGGAAUUCUAUGGAAAUGUAUUUUUCCUAUAGAGCAGGAAGAAGAAAGGAUGAUCUGUGUUUGGCUAAAGCCUUACAAGAAAGACCUGUUCCACGGCAAGGAGAUUAACAUCUACAUUUCUGUAGAAGAAGGAUGGCGCUGA